GCCUUUCUUCGGGCGGCCGCAGCGCCGGAAUAUCGGCCGUGGAUGCCCGCCUGCCCGCCUCCGACUCCGCCCCCGUGCCCGCGCGCCGCCGACCGCUCCACGAUACCGCAUGUUUGCUGUACUGGAAUUUCUAACAGGAGUCAGGAGAACAAAUUGUCCGCUUCAUCAAAGCUAAAUUUUACGGUUUCAGAAACUGCCCAAGGAUUACUAAGCUGACAUGGCUGAUAGUACAGUAGGAAAGACCAUCACUUGCCGUGCUGCAGUAGCAUGGGAGCCCAAGAAGCCUCUCUCUCUUGAGGAGGUUGAUGUGGGACCUCCAAGAAAGGGGGAAGUUCGCAUCAAGAUCACAGCUACUGGAGUCUGCCACACCGAUGCUUAUACGCUCAGUGGAGCCGACUCCGAGGGUAAAUUUCCCUGCAUCCUCGGCCACGAGGGAGGUGGCAUCGUCGAGAGUAUCGGCGAGGGCGUCACUUCCGUCAAACCCGGCGACCACGUUGUACCUCUUUACAUUCCACAGUGCUAUGAUUGCAAGUUUUGCAGGAGCAAGAAGACCAAUCUGUGUAGCGUCGUCAGAUCUACUCAAGGAGCUGGAGUGAUGCCCGAUGGGACGUCUCGUUUCACCUGCAAGGGGCAGACUGUUUACCACUUCAUGGGAACGUCCACAUUCACAGAAUACACCGUCGUUGCUGAAAUUUCAGUCGCCAAGGUAACUAACCCAAACAAAUCUUUGUUUCAUUUUCUCUGACCUAUCAUCUCGGUG